UCAGCGGUGGGCAGAAGGUUCUGUUUUAUUGAGUGAAAUACCUCCAGGAGUUAGCGCUGCUCAUUUUAACAGACUGCUUUUUAUUUAAGUUAUUUUUUACACAUACUGAAAACUCUUAUUUCUUACUUUCUAACCAUGUAGCGACGUUAUUAUGGUUGUGUUUUUACCGGCUGUCAAUCAGGAGCAUCUUAGAAAAACUUCCUCUAAAGUGUCGACUUUUCUUCUGAGACAGCUAGCUUGCUGGCUUGCUUUCAUUUGGAGCACUUUAUGUAGUUGUGAAGCGCCAUGGCCGAGCGGACUCCUCUCCUCCACUACCGCCUCUCAACCAGCGUCAAUGAAUCCGACCGGCGGGUGCCUCUGGCCGGGCAGGCUCCGGAGCAGCGCCCGGGGACCCCCAGGCAGAAGCCGAACCAGCAGAGACAACCAAAAAAGCUGUCGAUCUUCUUCGGGGUGGUGAUCCCCACCUUGCUGUCGAUGUUCAGCGUGGUUGUGUUUCUCAGAGUAGGGUUUGCGGUCGGUCACUCUGGACUCUACCAAGCUAUCGCCAUGUUCCUGGUGGCCUACUUCAUCAUCUCCAUGACCGUGCUCUCCGUCUGUGCCAUCUCCACCAACGGAGCCUUGGAUGCUGGAGGAGCAUACUACAUGAUAAGUCGAGCGCUGGGACCGGAGUUCGGUGGCAGUAUUGGCAUCAUGUUCUUCUUUGCUAACGUGUGCGGCUGCGCUCUCUAUGUGCUGGGUCUGGUUGAAGCCAUCGUGGCCACCUUCGGAGUACCAGAAGAUGGGACGCUGCCAACGUCCCACUUCCAGGUCCUGCCAUCAGGCUACUGGUGGUCUCUGCUGUACGGCACGGCUGUCGCCCUGCUGUGUCUGCUUGUGUGCCUGGUGGGCGCCCACAUCUACGCCAAGGCCACCUUCAUCAUCUUCCUGGUUGUCAUGGUCGUCCUGGGCACCAUCUUUGCCAGCUUCUUCGCCGUGCGACCUCGCACCAUCACGCUGCCCGGUUCGCCUUUCUUCAACGGGUCCGAGUUUCCCACCACGGGCAACUUUACGGGCUUCAAGCUGGACACUCUGCUGGGGAACCUGAACGCUGACUACACCGUGGAUUACACUACAGGAAAUAUGAUGACCUUUGCCACCGUGUUCGCUGUGAUGUUUAACGGCUGCACCGGCAUCAUGGCAGGAUCCAACAUGUCAGGUGAACUGACCAACCCGAGCUACUCCAUCCCCCGCGGCACCAUCACAGCCGUCAUCUUCACCUUCAUCAUCUAUAACCUGCUCAGCGUGCUCGUGGCGUGCUCCUGCGACCGCGUCCUGCUCCAGAGGGAUUACAGCUUCCUCAGAGACAUCAACAUCUGGAACCCCUUUGUCACUGUCGGCGUUUACUCCUCCACGCUCUCUGCCGCCAUGAGUAACCUCAUCGGAGGCUCACGCAUCCUCUACGCUCUGGCCAAGGACGACUUGUUUGGUAAGGUGCUGGCUCCGGCUAAGAAGACGUCUCACAGCGGGAACCCCUGGGUGUCGGUGCUCAUCUCCUGGUUUCUCGUGCAGCUGGUGCUCUUCUCAGGGAAGCUCAACACCAUCGCCAGCAUUGUGACCAUCUUCUUCCUGCUGGUCUACGCGGCUGUGGACUUGGCCUGCCUGGCUCUGGAGUGGGCGUCGGCACCUAAUUUCAGACCCACCUUCCGUUACUUCACCUGGCACACGUGUGUGUUGGGCAUCGUGGGCUGCCUCGUCAUGAUGUUCCUCAUCAACGCCAUCUACGCCUCCGCCAGCAUCGCCUUCAUGCUGCUGCUGCUUCUGGUGAUUCACUACCUCAGUCCCACCUCCAGCUGGGGCUACAUCAGCCAGGCUCUCAUUUUCCACCAGGUGCGUAAGUACCUGCUGAUGCUGGACGUGAGGAAGGACCACGUGAAGUUCUGGAGGCCUCAGGUCCUGCUGAUGGUUUCUAACCCUCGUAGCAGCGUGGGCCUCAUCACUUUCAUCAACGACAUCAAGAAGAGCGGCCUGUACGUGCUGGGCCACGUCCAGCUCGGAGAUCUCAACACUUUACCAUCAGACCCUCUACAGUCCCAGUACGACUCCUGGUUAUCUCUGGUGGACCAUCUGAACAUCAAAGCUUUCGUCAACCUGACUUUGUCAGACACUGUGCGUCACGGCGUCCAACAUCUCCUCUUCAUCUCUGGGCUCGGUGGGAUGCGUCCUAACACCCUCGUCCUCGGUUUCUAUGACGACUGUCUUCCGAAGGAUAGGCUGAUCGAUCCAACGACCUCCAACAAUUAUUGCAUGACUUCCACGGACCACAUGGAGGAGCUGGAGAAAGAACCCCCUAUGUUCCACUUUGCCUCGCUCCGGGGGUCCGGCGACAGGCAGGAUUAUGGGGACUUUGGGGACGGGAAGGCUCUGCAGUCCCAGGAGUACGUAUCGAUCAUUGCUGACGCCAUGAAGAUGCUAAAGAAUGUGGUGCUGGCCCGAUACUUCAACAACUUUGACAGAGCCCAGGCCCUGUCUCCGCCCACCCCCUCCCAGAAGAGGGUCUAUGUUGACGUCUGGCCGGUGAAUCUGCUGCGUCCGGACAGCUGUAGCUACGUGGACACGUGCUCGCUCUUCCUGCUGCAGCUAGCGUGCAUUCUCAACAUGGUGAGAGCCUGGCGCAAAGCUCGACUCCGCCUCUUCCUCUGCGUGGAGGAGGGACGGAGCGUGAGAGAAUCUGAAGCGAAGCUCGGCCAGCUGCUGAAAGAUCUGAGAAUCAAAGCUCAGGUGUACCCUGUGCCCUGGGACCACCAGGUGGCGCUACACUGGCAGCGACAAGGCGAGUGGGGCAAAAAAUCCCAAACCCCUGACGGGAACGAACAGAACAAUCUGGGCGCCGUUAAGGAAGAGGAGAACGAGGAAGAGUAUGUCAACAGCUUCCCGAGCAACGCCACACGCCUGUCGGAUGAGUACCUGUCAGCUGUCAAUAAGCUGAUUAAGGAGGCCGCUAAGCCCGCCCCCGCUGUGCGUUUCCUGUACUUGCCCCGCCCACCAGCUGACACCCGCCGCUACACCACCUACUUACACCAGCUGGAGCUGCUGACUCGAGACCUGGGCCCCACCCUGCUCAUCCACGGCGUCACUCCUGUCAUCACCACCGAUCUUUAAACUAUCCCCCCCCCCAACACGCCGCCACAAGGUUCCCUCUGAUAGUCUGUCAACCACUUACGGUGCAGGAUAACUGUAGACCUCUGCAGAGAUCCAGUAUCAACCGCUCCACCCAACGACAGACUGAGGAGCAGAAAUCAACUUGUGACCUUGGACCUGGCUGCUGACGGAACGCCACUUUCUGCACGGCCUCAAACGAUGUCGAUCAACAUUCUUAUAGAAUCUUUAAAUCAAAUGUCUCUACCACGGAGAGUUCUGGAGAUCCACGGAGCUUCUGAAGGCGCUGUGACGUUUAACCACGAAACGAAACAGUCAAACUGUGGCGUUUGGUAGUUAAACUGUGGGCGCUCCUGGUGGGGUUUGUUAGUGGUCAGGAAGUGAACUGGCACCUCUCCAGCUACCAGACCCAUUUCAGAUUUGGUCCCCUUCGGGAGUAGAACCAGCGAGCCUCCGGUUCCCAACCCAAGUCGUGGUUAGCCGCCGCCCCGGUUAACCACGAAACACUCAAACUGUGACUAAAUGAACCAGUAAACUGAAGUCGACAUUUUCAUCCUGCCAUUGAAAUCAGCAUCAAAUACAAUCACACGUUCUUUUAAUCCAUUCGCACCAAUGAUACGAUACUUAGCAACACGCCAACACCCCGUCUUCCCCUCCAUCUUAAAGGAACUUUAACUGUCGGUCUCCUUCAUUUUGAUCGAUCUCUAAACGAUCGCUCCAGACGCCUUCAGAUCAGAAUGUGCCUUAGCGAGCGAGGGCGCUGGCGUUCGAUCCCCUUCCAGCGCAGACAGGAUGUUGGACCGGGUUUCACCUCGGAGCAGAAAAUCUGCUUUUCCACUUUAAGAUCUGACAACAGGAAAACAGGAAACGGUUUAACGCUACGCUUUUAUUUCAGGUCUCAGGAAGACAUUCCUCGUUUUUUUUCCCCGUUGCACUUUUGACCUUCUCAGCCGACCCGCCUUCCUCGAACACGUUUACACUCCGAUCACUUCUGUAUAUAUCGCCAUGUUGUUGACUUUUAAAUGUAUUUUAGGUACUCUGUGAUUUUUAGAGUUGUUUUAUCUCGAUAGUGACCACGAUGAUCAACCAGCGUGAACGUGCCUUAAUGAAGUUUUGAUCGACUCAAAGUAUUUAACGUGAAUCUCCGUCACUUCGGCUCGAGGCCGUUAGUCCACCAACCACUUCACGUUUAUGAGAUGAACCCUGUGCUGCCUCCAGAUUAAUAAAACACUGUGAAAUAACGGCCUCUAAAGAAUUUGCUUCAUGGACGCAUAAUUAACAAAUCAACGCUCAUCAUCGACUUUAUACAAACUCGUAGCGAAGAUAUUCUGACACGAUAGCUCAUAAACUGCCAUCAGCUGACUGUUCUCUCCAGAUUCAGUCCUCCUUUUGGACGACCUCUGGUUUCUUUAAAAGGCUUUAUAUGCGAUUUUUCACACUUAAAUGUAAUAGAAAUCAAAUUUAUCCUCUGAAAAUAACUCUGUGAGUCAUGACUGUCUACAAUGGGUGUAACACCCGAGUCCCACUGUCUGUGAUGCUUUCCUAGCCGUAGCUUCACUUUGUUUACAUCGGUGGGACGACCGGCCGGCUCAUCCCGUUGCUUAUAAAAGUUGUUUAAUUGAGGGACGAGAGAAAAGAAGAACAUACUGUACUCACUGCUUAAUUGAAUGUCACGUAAGCAUUUUCAGAUCACGGUCAUUUCGUUUAAAUUUACAUGCAGUGUGAAGAUACGAGCAAACUCAAGAUCGCUACCAUUAGCAUGCUAACACAGCAAUGCAGCUCGAGUUGUUUUGGUUUCAUGCUGGUGCUCAAGGGCGACAUCUGCUGGAUCAAAAAAUUGCAUAUUCUACCUUUAACUGACUCAGUUAGCUUUAGCUCCGAGCUAACGAAGGGCUAACCCUCGCUAAACAUGACACCGCCCAUUGUUCAACCGCCGUCAUGGAAACCUUGAUGGUCGUCAGCCUGCUGCGUCGGUUCUGUGUAGCAUUAGAAGUCCAAACUAAACCCAGUGUUGAAACAGGAAGUAUUGUAGAGGUCAAAACGCUCCAGCAACACGUGUAGUUAGAAGAUGAACUUUACGAAAGCCGCAAGCAGAAACGUGGCGCCCUAAUAAAGUUUAUAAACUACGAGCUGCUGGAUCCUCUUGACCUCUUCAGACCCUUCACUCGCCGUGAAGCGUGGAAACCCGACUCUGCUUCUACGAGAACAGGUUGUUUGUAACUUAAGUCGCGUCAUCGUUUGGUUGCAGCACGGGGGACAUACCUAGUAGAGCGUGAUGUCAAAAGUUACAGAGAUAGUGUUUCACAAGCAUUGACGAGCGCACAGCCAGCGCUUCUCCGCCCAAACAAAACGCCAGGUGGACACGGCGCUUCAGAGACGAGAGUCGGUUAUAUCAGACUUCACAAAGCCUCGUUCCUUUUUUACUCCACCACAAAGGCAGUCUGAGAGGGUCGACCGGAGAAAACGCUAAUUUAUUGUUAAUCGUCUCAGCUCGUCAGAGACGGAGUCUUUAAUCAGGGUCUGACGUAUCGAUGACUGUUUCUGUGAUUCUGUGCUCACAUCCUGUUGAAAGAUUCUUUGCUGCCUUCAGUUGAAAGAUGAAUGUUAGUGAAAGAUUUGUUGUUAAAGAUGAUCUGAAGUUUCUCAGAGUGAAAUCGAUUCCUCCUCACGGUGUUUUCAGAUCCAUGUUUGAAGGAAAGCUGGAGGAGAUUAAUGUUUAUUUUGUCCCACCUGGAUCCUUCACGUUUCCAUGGAAACGACCUGUCACACUACGUUUCUACAGCCCCUCAUUCUGGAUGUCUGCUCCUGAAUGCACUUCAGUCCUACAAAACAAAAUGUCUGCAGGAACGUGAGAUGUUCAGUAUUUGAUUUCCUGUUGAAACAUGAGAAUGUAUGUAAACUGAAAUGACUGAUAAAAAGAAGAACUUUGA